AUGGACACCUCGCAAUUCCAAGCGUUGCUCUCCCAGGCGCAAGCCAGUGCCGACGCCGACUCACGACUGACUGUCAUGCAAGCCCUCAAGAAGCACAAGAAAGCGGUAUUCUGGGCCAUGAUUUUGUCAACAAGUCUGAUUAUGGAAGGCUACGACUUGGUCAUCAUCAACUCUUUCUAUGGUCAACCACAGUUUCAGCGAAGGUUUGGGGAGCAAGUCGGCCCUGACAAAUGGGCCAUCUCAGCUGCAUGGCAAUCUGGCCUGUCAAACUCAGCUGUGGUCGGUCAGCUGAUCGGUCUUGUACUGAACUCGGACUUCCAAGACCGCUUUGGAUCUCGGAAGACCAUGAUGUUUUUCAUGGUGUGGCUGAUUGGAGCCAUCUUCAUUCCAUUUUUUGCUCCUUCUCUGCCAGUCCUUGCUGUCGGCGAAGCUCUUUGCGGUAUACCUUGGGGCGUCUUCCAGACACUCUCAACUUCUUACGCUUCCGAAGUCGUCCCCACCGUGCUGCGACCCUACGUAACUGCAUACGUCUGUAUGUGCUGGGGCGCAGGUAUUUUACUGUCGUCAGGUGUCGCUCGUGCCUGCAUCACUCUCACCGGAGACAUCGCUUGGCGUCUGCCCUUCGCAUUGCAGUGGACUUGGCCCGUACCUCUUUUCAUUCUGGCAUACUUUGCUCCUGAAUCUCCUUGGAACGCCGUUCGACGACAGAAACUUGAAGUUGCUAGAAAGAGUCUCGAGCGUCUCAUCGGCCAAGGUCCUGAUCAUGCUCACGAGGUGGACUGUAGUCUUGCUUAUAUCAUAUACACCAACGACCAAGAACAAGCUGAGACAGAAGGGGCCAGACUGACUGAUUGUUUCCGAGGAACUAAUCUUCGUCGAACUGAGAUUAACUGUGUUGUUUGGGCCGCUCAGAUCCUUUGCGGCAACGCCAUUCUGGGAUACAGUGUUGUCUUUCUGGAAGCUGCCGGGUUCAGUCCCGUUGCGGCACUCGACCUCAAUAUCGGUCUUUCCGCUUGCUACAUCAUUGGUGGUAUGAUCUGCUGGCUCUUGUUCCCUCGCUUCGGAAGAGCAACGAUCUACAUGAGUGGUCUGACCUUUAUGUUCUUCUGUCUUGUUGCAAUUGGCGGCCUUGGCUUCACCACCAGCAAGCACGCAGAACUGGCCAUCGGUAUUCUUCUCAUCAUAUCCACUCUGGCCAACAUGAUCACGAUUGGUCCAGUAUGCUACCCAAUUGUGGCUGAAACGCCUUCGGGAAGACUUCGUUACAAGACAAUCACGAUCGGAAGAUUCGUGUAUAAUCUGACCGGUAUCUUCUCGAACAGUGUCACCCCUCGCAUGAUUUCAGCAAGUGCAUGGAAUUGGGGCGCGAAAGCAGGCUUCUUCUACGCCGGCACCAACUUGCUAUGCAAUGUUUGGUGCUGGUUCCGCCUGCCAGAAACAAAGGAUCGUAGCUUUGGUGAAAUCGACCUAUUAUUCGAACACAAGGUCCCUGCCAGGAAAUUCAGAACUACAGAAGCCGAUCAAUUUGCGACCAGCCAGAUGAUCCUCGAGAUCAAGGAGAAGGAGGCAGCUGUCCACGUGGAGAGCGUAUAA